UCUCCUACAGCCAGACGGAAUCGAUUCCAAAGGGGAACAGGGCGAGAGGGAUCCAUCUCCGUCGAGUCGAGGUCCAGGCGGCUCUAGCUCCGGCUCGUGGCCUCGCGGACAACCAUGGCCGCCCCUUCCCCCUUGCCGGUGGAGGCGGCCCCAUCGCUUGAGGCCGCGGCCACCGCCGAGGAAGACGAGUGGGAUGCUGAUGGAUAUGUUAUUCCUAAUUUGCCCACUCAAGAUAAUGAUGUGACUGAGACUACUGUCCCCAAAGAAAAAGAUCCUGAACCUUUACAGGCAAAGGAUGAGAAAAUAUACUUGGGACCUCACGGAGCGCCACCAUCUCAAGCAAAGCAGCAGGAGCUGAAUACUGUUGGCCGUAAGCAGCGUUUCCGGAACAAGCUGAAGGAAGCAGAUAGGAAAUUCACUGGCAGUGCUCAGGAGAACAAGGUGGAGAGCCUAAGGGAGCUCAUGGGUGCUAGAGCAAGUGGUACCAGCAUGCCAAAGAGCUCCCCUCGUGAUUGGCUCGACCCGCACUGCCACGAAUCAGAAUUUGACAGAAAACCAACUAGGUGACUGGCAAAUGAUGCGGCGUUUACCUAAAGGUUGAUACACUGUAAUACUGGUGCAGGUGUUAUUCGCCAAUAAUAGAUACUAAUAGAUGAAACAAAACAAAAGGGUUUCCUGUGGUGUAAUAUCCGAGCUCUGCUAUUCUCCAUGUCGCUUAAAUACCCUUAGUUCCAAUUGUGCGUGUGUUGUUGCAUUUGUGAUUUGCAAUGGAAAAAAAUGUGGAAACAAUGCUGCUGACCUGCUGUUGCAUAACUAUUAUGUAACAUAUGUGACGUGACGCCGAGCACACGCGGAAAUCUGUUCCUAAUAUUUCCAAUAAAUUCACAAAACCACACUUGAAUGUGUUUUUUCA